CUUGUCGGUCACGCAUGAUUUUUCUUCCAUAUUUUAAGUUUCAGACAUGUCGUAUUUUAUGUGGCUUUUGUUAUCUUUAUUUCUGCUCGGCGGAACUUCUGACAACUGUCCGUGUGAAAGACCAGAGUUGUGUCAGCCAGUUCAAAAGGAGAGGGACUUUGAGGUGUUUGUGUUUGAUGUGGGCGGUAAAACUUGGAAGUCGUAUAACUGGAGCACAGUGACUACAGUUGCAGCAUUUGGCAAAUAUGACCCUGAACUGAUGUGCCAUGCUCAUUCAAUGGGCGCUCGACUGGUACUUAAAGGCGAUGUCCACCUUGCUGAUAUUGUGGACCAAAACAACAGAACAGCCUGGAUAAAGGAGAAGGUGGACUUGGCCAAGCGUCAGUUUAUGGAUGGAAUAAACCUGGAUCUUGAACAGGCAGUGGAGGCGGAGUCACCGGAGUACACAGCUUUGACAGCGCUGGUCAAAGAGACCGCUGAGGCCUUCCACACUCAGAUACCAGGCUCUCAGGUGUCUUUUGAUGUAGCAUGGUCACCAAACUGUAUUGACAAGCGCUGUUACGAUUACAUCAGUCUUGGAAAAUACAGCGACCUCAUCUUUGUCAUGUCUUAUGAUGAGCAGAGCCAGAUCUGGGGGGACUGUAUAGCAAUGGCAAAUGCUCCACUUGAACAGACACUUAAUGGUUAUGAUCAGUUUUUGAAGUUGAAAAUAGAUCCUAAAAAGAUUGUGAUGGGUAUACCAUGGUAUGGAUAUGACUACUCUUGUCUCAGUCUGUCUCAGGAGGGCAUCUGUUCCAUAGAGAAAGUUCCUUUCCGUGGAGCUCCAUGCAGUGAUGCCGCAGGUACACAAAAGCCUUACAGCUGGAUUAUGAAGCAAGUGAACAGUUCACUGACUGGCCGGCUAUGGGACAGCAAGCAAAAGGCCCCAUACUUUAAUUACAUGGAUAAUAUUGGACAGAUCCACCAGGUCUGGUACGAUGACCCAGAGAGUCUUUGCCCAAAAGCAAAUGCAGUGAUGUCCAAGGGUUUGAGGGGCAUUGGCAUGUGGAACGGCAACAUCCUGGACUACAGCAGUAAUCCGGUUGCUCAGCAGCAGACUGCUAAAAUGUGGAAUGUCCUUUUAGGAUGCUAGCUGUGGUACCCUAUACUAACCCCUCCAAGAUUUUAUUCACAGCUGAGCGAGCCCUUUGUUGCACUAAUGAGGGAUACGUGAAUGCACUGACGGGUACUUCAGAUUUUACAGCUUCUGCCUUAGUUUCAAUCAGUUUCACUUUUAAACAUUCCUUUGUGUCAGCUGAAAUAAAGAAGCCUUUUGUUCAAAA